GAUAGGUAAAUGGGUAAUAGCUCAUACUGAUGAUGAAUUCACUUUUCUAACAACUAUCCAUGAGAAAUCCUCAAACUUAGGGAUUCCAACUUACUUUUUAUCCGAGAAACUUCAAAAAUCACAAGAACCUCAUGUAAAUGCGAUGCAUGUCUUAGUUGUUCCAACCACUGGAAUCUUUGAUUCUCAUGCCUUUAUGAAUUGGUUAGAAUGGAGAAUUAUAGAUAAUUAUGGUGAUAUUGCUGUCAAUUCUAAAGUUACCAAUAUAAUUCCUGAUAAUGAUGGUGAUAGAAGAGGAUAUAUCGUAGAAAUUACAUCAACCAAUUCCACACCAUCAAAGAUAAAAAUAUUCGCAAAAUCGGUGAUAAAUUCUGCGGGAUUAUAUUCUGAUAAAAUAGCGAAUGUGAUAUUACCUCCUUCACAUCACUACAAAAUUUAUUAUGUUAAAGGACAUUAUUAUAGAUAUCAUGGUAAUGAUAUCAAAGUUAAUCAUCUGAUUUAUCCUGUUCCCCCCAAAAAUUUGGUAAAUUUAGGAACACAUUUAACAUUGGAUUUAAAUGGUAGAAUGAGAUUUGGUCCUGAUGUUUUAUAUGUUCAAAGACCAGAUGAUUACGGAAUAAAUGAUGAUGAAAGUAUGAAAGAUACGUUUUUCAACGCUGUAAAAACGUAUUUACCAAAGAUUAAAAGAGAUAGACUUUAUGCUGAUUAUGCUGGGAUUCGGUAA